UGAGCCCCAUCGAUGCUGGGACUCGCCGCGCGGGUCCCCAGCUCCGGCGCGGUGGUCGCGACGGUACCCGGAGUCGCAGGGAGUCGCCUCUGGAGAGGGACUCGGCGCCCAGCGGGGACUGCAGGCGAUGACUCAGGAUGCAGCAAGGGGCCACGACAUGCACGGAGGACCGCAUCCAGCACGCCCUGGAGCGCUGCUUGCAUGGGCUCAGCCUCAGCCGCCGCUCCACCUCCUGGUCAGCUGGGUUGUGUCUGAACUGCUGGAGCCUGCAAGAGCUGGUGAGCAGGGACCCGGGCCACUUCCUUAUCCUCCUGGAGCAGAUCCUGCAGAAGACCCGAGAGGUCCAAGAGAAGGGCACCUAUGACCUCCUGGCCCCCCUAGCCCUGCUGUUCUACUCCACUCUCCUCUGUACACCACACUUCCCGCCAGACUCAGACCUCCUUCUGAAAGCAUCCAGAACCUACCACCGAUUCCUGACCUGGCCCGUUCCUUACUGCAGCAUCUGCCAGGAACUGCUCACCUUCAUCGAUGCUGAACUGAAGGCCCCAGGAAUCUCCUACCAGCGCCUGGUGAGGGCCGAGCAGGGCCUGUCCACUAGGAGUCACCGCAGCUCCACUGUCACUGUGCUCUUGCUGAACCCAUUGGAGGUGCAGGCCGAGUUCCUUGCCGUGGCCAACCAGCUGAGCACGCCCGGGCCCUCGCCGCACAGCACCUACACCACCCUGCUCCUGCACGCCUUCCAGGCCACCUUUGGGCCCCACUGCGACCUGCCGGGUUUGCACUGCAGGCUGCAGUCCAAGACCCUGGCCGAGCUUGAGGACAUCUUCACGGAGACGGCAGAGGCCCAGGAACUGGCAUCCGGCAUCGGGGAUGCUGCCGAGGCCCGCCAGUGGCUCAGGACCAAGCUGCAGGCAGUGGGAGAGAAAGCCGGCUUCCCUGGUGUCCUAGACACCGCCAAACCCGGCAAGCUGCGCACCAUCCCCAUGCCCGUGGCCAGGUGCUACACCUACAGCUGGAACCAGGACAGCUUCGACAUCCUGCAGGAAAUCCUGCUGAAGGAACAAGAGCUGCUCCAACCGGGCAUCCUAGGGGACGACGAGGAUGAGGACGGGGAGGAGGAGGAUGAGGAUGAGGACGAGGAGGAGGAGGACUUGGACAGCGACAGGCACUCUGCCGAGAGGGACUCUCUGCUCUCCACCAGCUCCGCAGCCUCCCGCGACUCCACCCUGUCCCUUGCCUCGUCCCAGGCCUCAGGACCCACCCUCCACCGCCAGCUGCUGACCUCCUUCGUGUCGGGCCUGUCGGACGGCAUGGACAGUGGCUACGUGGAGGACAGUGAGGAGAGCUCCUUCGAGAGGCCCAAAAGGCCUGGCAGCCAAGAACGCCGGGGCCACCGCAGGUCCGGACAGAAGUUCAACAGGAUCUAUAAACUCUUCAAGAGCACCAGCCAGCUCGUGCUUCGGAGGGACUCCCGGGCCCUGGAGGGCUGCCCGGACAGCGCCCUGCCCCUGCGGCGGGCCGGCAGCCUCUGUAGCCCCGUCAGCCCCCUGGACGGCCCGAGGCCCGCCUCCCGGGCCCAGCGCUCACGCUCCCUGCCCCAGGCAAAGCUCAGCCCCCCGCUGCCCGGCUGGCUCCUGGCCCCCGCCUCCCGCCACCAGCGCCGCCGCCCCUUCCUGAGCGGGGACGAGGACCCCAAGGCCUCCACGUUGCGAGUCGUGGUCUUCGGCUCCGAUCGGAUCUCGGGGAAGGUGGCCCGGGCAUACAGCAAACUGCGGCGGCUGGAGAGCAACCGUCCGCUCCUCACACGGUUCUUCAAGCUCCAAUUCUUCUAUGUGCCCGUGAAGCGGAGCCAAGGAACUGGUGGCUGCACCAGCCCAGCUUCUCCAUGCCAGACGUCCUCCCUCCCCGCAGACUCCCCGAGGCACCCCAGCCCUGCGGAGCUGGGCACAGCCCCCUGGGGCGAGAGCACCAACGACAUCUCCCACUACCUCGGCAUGCUCGACCCCUGGUAUGAGCGCAACGUGCUGGGCCUCAUGCACCUGCCCCCUGAAGUCCUGUGCCAGCAGUCUCUGAAGGCGGAGUCCCGGCCCCUGGAGGGCUCCCCUGCCCAGCUGCCCAUCCUGGCCGACAUGCUGCUCUAUUACUGCCGCUUUGCUGCCCGCCCGGUGCUGCUACAGGUCUAUCAGACCGAGCUGACCUUCAUCACCGGGGAGAAGACGACAGAGAUCUUCAUCCACUCCCUGGAGCUGGGUCACUCUGCUGCCACGCGUGCCAUCAAGGCUUCAGGUCCUGGCAGCAAGCGGCUGGGCAUUGACGGUGACCGGGAGGCUGUCCCGCUAACACUACAGAUUAUCUACAGCAAGGGGGCCAUCAGCGGACGCAGUCGCUGGAGCAACAUGGAGAAGGUCUGCACCUCUGUCAACCUCAGCAAGGCCUGCCGGCAGCAGGAGGAGUUAGACUCGAGCACAGAGGCCCUGAUGCUGAACCUGACAGAAGUGGUGAAAAGGCAGAACCCUAAAUCUAAGAAGGGCUUCAACCAGAUUACCACGUCACAGGUCAAAGUGGACAAGGUGCAGAUCAUCGGCUCUAACACCUGCCCCUUUGCUGUGUGCCUGGACCAGGACGAGCGGAAGAUCCUGCAGAGUGUGGUCAGGUGCGAGGUCUCGCCCUGCUACAAGCCCGAGAAGAGCAACCUCUGCCCCCAGCCCCAGAGGCCCUCCCACCCACCGGCGCAGGGGCAGACCACGCCUGACCUCUGCUCCCUGCUCUGUCUGCCCAUCAUGACCUUCAGCGGAGCUCUGCCCUAGCCGUGCGGCACCAGCCUGGACAGGAAGCCCGGGGGCAGCCUUCUCGAGGCUGCCUUUUCCUGGGAGGGCCUGGCUCCUGAUGGACAACUGAAUGGCCCUGUGCUGGGUCAGGAUCCCCGCUGUGGGCUCUGCAGCAGACAGGGGGUUACUGGUGCCUCAGGGCUCUGUUUGGGAAUAAAAACAACAACCAGGCAUUAGGGGGAGGGACUUGUCCAUACAGCCCCUCAGAUUCCUCAGGUAGAGAGGAGAGGGACGAGAGAGCCAAUCUCUGGAGGCCCUGCCCUCUAGAUGGUCUAGGAUCCUCUCUAGAAGGAAGAUCCGAGGCUCUGGUGCUCUGGCGGGUGGAGGGGUUAGGGCUCCCUCUCGACCCUUGGCCAGGCCCUCCCCUUACCUUGUCAGAGACUUGCGGGGUGGGGGGGGGCCUUUGAGUCUGGAGUUGGGUCCCCCUACCUGGGGUUCAGGUAGUAGAAACAUGAGUGUUAUUUUUCUGACCCCAUUGCCGCCCCCUACCCCCUUCUCCAUCUAUCUUUCUCUCUCACAUGCACACUUUCUCUCUCUCAAAUUCCCUGGGUCUUCUAAAGAACAGCACCAACACCUGUUUACUGUCAGGACUCAGAGCAGACUCCUUCUGGAGCCCCUUCCUGGAUCAAGAUUCCUGGAGGAGACAGGACAAGCCUAGAUUCCGUGGCAGCUCAGUGACCUUCUGGCUAAACGGCCAGAAGGAAGUGAAUUAGCGUCUUCAAGCCUCUUUUGUUGAGGGGGGUGAUGAGGUCUCCUUGAAGGGUUGAGACAAGACUGCAGAGCACCUGGCCCAGCACCUCUCUCAGGUGCUCAGGAAAGCUCAGCGGCCUCGCACCCUGAGCACUGAGUCCCCGGUCUGGUGGUGGAGGGGAGGGAAGGCUCUUCAUUGCCUCUUUUCCAAUUUGCUGCUGAGGCAGGACCCAGAUGAGAGGGGAAGGGACGCUCAGCCGUACCCUCUGAAGGAGGAAUUGCCUUGGUCUGGGUAAGGAGAGGGUCCACAGCUGCCCUAGCCUUCACCUCUGCCUAUCCCAGGCUGGCCCGCCUGACCCCACCUCCCAACUCAGUCCAUCACAUGUGGAAUCUUCCAGCCCCAGAGUUCACAGGCACCAUUGCGCCUGGGCAAGUUCCCAGAGGAGCAGAGCGUGGAGAGCUGAUCUCAAGGAGCUCAGAGGCUGAUUGGGGGCAAAUGGCUGAUAGAACACGAGAGCCGAAAAUUAGUAACUGCCAGGUGACACUGGUUUGAGAAUCUGGACGCUGAUGUGUGGGCUGGGGUGGUCGGAUGGAAGCCUGGGCUGGGGUCGGGGUUCGGAGUGGGAGAGGUGGGGAAGUAACCAUGGACGCAGACAGUUAUAUCUGUACAGAACCCCUCCCACUCCUGAUUCAUUUGUGCCAAAGGCUCUGGGCUCAUAGGAGCCCAUGAAGCCCCAGCCCAGCGUACUCAGCACCUGAGAGAAGUGGACAGAGCGGCUUCAUCUCCCCCUGCGCCCAUAUUACCAUCCCUCCCCUGUCCAGACCCCAGACAGUGGUGGGCAAUGCACCUUCAGUGUUUUUUGUCUUAUGAGUCCAUGGUCCUAUGACGUGAUUGACAGAUAUCCAAGAAUAAAUGAGUGGAAUUUAAUAUUAUUGUCAAAUAAAAUUUGAUUUCUCUUGGA